CUGGCGCGAGAGUAAUCACCUCGGAGAGAGAGAGAGAGAGAGAGAGAGGCUGUCAGACGUGGGUAAAAAAAUCUCGCUUUUUGCUCUAUUUUUGAUCGGAUUCGUUGCUUUCUCGACUUGAUCGAUUCGGUCGUGUACUCUGAGCUUCAUCGGUGCUCUGGUCGGAGAUCGCUGUGGGCGUUCGAGAUAAAUUAAUGGCUGCGGUGGUGGAGAAGAUUAAUGGCAUCGGGUCGGACGACCAGCUCCUCUGCAGCCAUCCGCCGGCGGAAACCGACGCUGGUGCUGAGUACCAUGGCGACGUGCGGAGGCUGGUGGAUCUCUUCUCCAAGUUAAACCCGGCCGCCAAAGAGUUCUUCCCUGCCGCGGCCUUCUCCGACGUCGCCGUUGAGAGGAAAUCUGAGAACCGGCUUUUCGCCGGUGGGUUUUAUAGCAAUAGUUGUAGAGGUUCGAGCAGCGACGGGUUGUUGUAUAACCAUCUGAAUCGUACGAAGAAAGCUGGUAAUAGUCAGGUGCAACAGAGGAUUAACAACAGAGUUAAGAGAACUGAGAGACACGAAAGUGUUAAACGAACUGUAUAUGUAUCUGACGUUGAUCGACAUGUGACUGAAGAAAGACUUGCCGAGAUAUUUUCUACUUGUGGACAAGUAGUUGAUUGCCGAAUUUGUGGUGAUCCUCACUCAGUGCUACGGUUUGCGUUUAUUGAAUUCUCAGAUGAGGAAGGUGCAAGGACAGCUCUAAAUUUUGGUGGGACAGUUCUUGGUUACUACCCUGUCAAAGUGUUUCCUUCGAAGACUGCAAUUUUGCCUGUAAAUCCCAAUUUUCUUCCUAGGACUAAGGAUGAAAGGGACAUGGUCAUAAGGACAAUUUAUUGCACAAACAUCGAUAGAAAGAUGAUGCAGACAGAUGUCAAAGCUUUUUUUGAGCAACUCUGUGGCCAGGUUUCUCGUUUGAGAAUUCUUGGUGACAACAAGCACUCAACACGCAUUGCAUUUGUAGAAUUUGUGCAGGCAGAAAGUGCAAUCUUAGCUCUCAACUACAGUGGCAUGGUUUUGGGAUCCCUACCCAUUAGGGUGAGCCCUUCGAAAACUCCUGUGCGACCGCCGCGCAUGCCUUUGAACUCUGCCCAUGGCAACUGAAUUCAGAAUACCCAAAUCCUCAGCUGGGUUCCCAUGCCACCCUAAUGAGACUUCAGUUUAGGACCACCCAUGUGUUUCAUCUAUGUAUUCGUGUAAGUUGAAUUAGUGAAAUAAACGAGGUAGGAAGUAAGCGGUGUUGUUGGCUGAAUCGUAGUUAUCCAACUAGUAACUUUAACUGAACUAAUCAAGACCACAUGUGCUCAA